GGGCCGGCUACAGUGGCAUUCCGCCUCUAUCGUUCACGCAGUGCAGUGUGUUGUUGUCGUGCGUUGCGAGCGGGAUCGGCUAUUAUUUCAAACGGAAUACAUUUUCAAAAUAGAUAUAAUAUUAUAAUAAAGCCAUCGUGUGUGGCAAAAUUCCUUCAUUUUGCGGUUUCGUGUGCGAUUGUUCUUGUCGUGUGCGGACGCUGAGGAGUUGGUGUUUUGUUUUUGCUUAGAUUUUUUGUUGUUUCCUUUUUUUUGUUUUGUUCUUAAAUGGUGGUGGAGGAGGAAGAGAGAGUAAAUGUGAUUAGUUGAUUGGGACAGACUGAACUGUAGUGUUAUUUCCGGUUGGUGCGUUCUUGCGAGUCUUGCAACUGUUUUCGGGUAUUUUCUAUUACAGGGGGGAAAAAAAGAAAAAGUGUACACACAUGUCCCGCCUUCAUUUGUGUGAGUGCUCGUUGUCUCGUCACUUUGAGUAGAAUUAGACGGUGGGUGGGGGAAAACGCGGGAUUAAAUUUUUUUUUCCGGUCCUCUUUCAAGAAACGCAAAAGUGAAUUGACUUUUUCUUUUAUCUCCUCUUGCGAAUAUCAAGAAAAAAUUGCAAAAUGUCGAAAAAGACGAAAGAAGCUCAACUCGAGGAAGAUUUGGAUGACGUCAUGUUCGGCAAAACGACCCGCCAUCGACCCGAGGAAUUGAAAUCACUGGAAAAAUCGACAAAAUUCACCCGGAAAGAAAUCCAACUGAUUUAUCGCGGCUUUAAACAGGAAUGUCCCAAUGGAGUAGUUGACGAGCAGUCCUUUAAGGAAAUUUUCGUUCAAUUUUUCCCGCAAGGAGAUGCAAGCCAAUACGCUCAUUACGUCUUCAAGACGUUUAAGAACGGCACUAGUGGCACCAUCAAAUUCGAGGAUUUCUUGCAGUCGUUAUCGCAAGCAUCUCGCGGAACGAUCCAGGAGAAAUUGCGAUGGAUCUUCGGCCUGUACGAUCUCAACGGCGAUGGAUACAUCAGCAAAGCCGAAAUGACUAGCGUGGCUAUGGCUAUUUUCGACAUGCUGGGCAGACACGCCGCUCCCGCCGUCGACGAUCAAACAGCGUCAAAGCACAUCGAUCAGAUCUUCCACAAAAUCGAUGCGAACCAUGACGGCCUUAUCACUUUCGAGGAACUGAGUCAGUGGUGCACGCGUGAGGAACGCUUCGUCAAAUCGUUGGGUAUGCUCGACACGGUACUUUGAAGGAAACGUUUCCAAUGUCGGAUAUGCCUCGCGUCAUCUAAACACAAUUUUUCACAUUGAUAUUGUAAUAUCUUCCCUUUAAAAAAAAAAAAUUAUUAUUCAAAAGUGAAGGAUAAUUCAAAAUGUGUCAUUUGAUUUUCAAUAGCAACGGAGGACUAUCGCGUGCGUGUGUGGAAUAAUUUUGUUUUCAAUUAUUUUUCGAUUAUUUGGAUUUGAGCAAUAAAUAGUUAAUACUUUUACGUGUACUUUUAGAUAUGGAAAUUUGAUGAAUGCGCAUUCCCAUUCAUUUAGCUGGAAUUUGAAUUUUCUUUUCACGCCCCAAGUAUGACAAUUUUGUUUUUUCAAUUUCAUUAAAAACAUUUUAAAUUUAUGCAUGUUUUCCUUCCUGGAAUAUUUACAGAAAAAACAAAACAAAUCAUGUGUGCAUAUUAUCAUGUAAAUUGUUGUGAUUUCAAUCCUAUUGACAAACCCGGUGCUGCCAGCCUCCCUUAUUUUCCUUUGAUCAAAUCAAUUGAAACUGAGUUUCAUCUUUUUCCUUUCAUCAUAUCUUUCAGUAUUCGUGUGAAAAAUAUAUCUUUAAUCUACUCCAAAAUCUCUUGCAAAAAAUAAAACACACAACAACAA